UCUCCCAAGGUGCUGCCGUGUUUCGGGCCCCACUUGCCGCAGCCUGGCUCUCCCUCUGACAGGACCCGCAGCAGAGCCCUUCUGCAGCAGCUGCCUCCUCAGGACUGCGAUGAGCGGUACUGCCCCGACCUCGCCGAGGAGGAGCGGCGGCAGCUCCGAGCCUUCAGCGCCCGCCGCAGGCAGGAGGCUCUGGGCCAGGGCCUGGCGUGUCCCGUGCCAGCUCCCUGCCACGGCUGUCCCUGCAGGAAGUGUGGCCGGAGGCUGAACAAAGGGGACCCGGGGAUUUCAGCGUCUCGCCUGGGCGACCAGUUCUGGCACCCGUCCUGCUUCUCCUGCCACUUCUGCCACCAGCAGCUGGUGGAUCUCAUCUACUUCCAGCAGGAUGGGAGGAUCUACUGCGGCCGGCACCACCUGAUCUUCAUGGAGGAGUGCAUCGAGGCCGAGGGCCGGCGCUGGCACCUGGAGCAUUUCUGCUGCCUGGAGUGCGACGAGCCCCUGCGCGGGCAGCGCUACGUGAUGAGGAGCGGCCGGCCCUGCUGCCGGGGCUGCUUCGAGAGCCUCUUUGCCGAGCCGUGCCAGGCCUGCGGGGACCCCAUCGGUGCUGACAGCGAGGAGGUCACACACCAGGGGCUGCACUGGCACGCCCGAGCCGCCUGCUUCUGCUGCAGCCUGUGCCGAAAGCCGCUGCGGGGACAGCCCCUGACCUGCCGCCGCGGCCGCCUCUUCUGCUCCGACACUUGCAGCCGCGGCCAGGACGCCUCUUCCACCGCCUCCGACUCCUCCGACUCGGCUUUCGCCUCCGCUCCAUCCCCCGACUCCACGCCCCUGUCCCGCUCGGCAGCGGGGGGCUGCAGGCAGCAGGGGGAAGGGGCUGAGGCGUUUUCAGAUCAGGCCCUGGUGCACCCUGCGUUCAGGAGCCCCGAGGAUCUCGGAGCAGCCGCACGGGAGUGGAGGGGCGAUGCUGCCAAGGAGCACCCAGGGAUGCUGGGAUCCCCAGCCGGCCACUCCUCGGCCCCCCAGCCCAGCCCAGAGUGGCCCAACGAGCCUGGAGCCUUGGGCCAGCCGCUUUUGGGGGGCCCCAACACCCGAACAGCCACAGGCAAUGGAAACCCACACUUCCAAGCGGGCACCUCCCCUCCCCGACACAGCCCCCGGGCAGAGGAUGGCACGGAGGAGGAGGAGGACUCCUGGUGUCCCACCUGCUCCUCAUCUUCGGACUCGGACUCAGAGGAGGAGGGUUUCUUUUUUGGGAAGCCCAUCCCCAAGCCUGGGAUGAAUUCCCUGGGCAGGGAGCCCCCGGGGAGGGGCAGGGGCAGGACGGCCAAGCACUGCAGUGUGUCCUAACAGCGGGG